GCGCACGGAAGCAGAAGGAACUAUUGACGUGCCCCGGUUGCUAAGCGGAUGUGGCCUUGUAGCGAAGGGGCGGGGCUUCCGUUGUUUGGAUUUUCGGCUGAGGCGGCAAAGAACUGGAUACUGGCGGGGGCUGGUUUAUGUUCUGAUGCCCAGAUGGAACGCAGCCUGUAGCAGGUAUCUCCGCAGUGAUAUCGUUCAGCUUGUGCUGUCCUCACACUCGCACCGACAUGGGCUACAAGUCGGACCAGCUGCUCAUCGUGGUGUCCAUUUUAGAAGGGAGGCAUUUUCCAAAGCGCUCUAGGCACAUGCUUGUUGUAGAUGCCAAGUUUGAUGGUGAACAGUUAUCUACUGACCCAGUUCCACACCUAGAACAACCACAGUUUGCAACAGAAUUAGCCUGGGAACUUGAUAGGAAAACACUGCAUCAACACAGGCUGCAGAGAACCCCUAUCAAGCUCCAGUGCUUUGCAUUAGAUACAUUAACGUCUGCUAAAGAAUCUGUUGGCUAUGUGGUGCUGGACUUAAGAGCUGCACAAGAAAAGAAACAAGCACCGAAAUGGUAUUCAUUAUUGAGUAGCAAAUAUACAAAAUUUAAACCCGAGAUACAACUCAGUAUUUCUUUGGAAACCGACAACAAACCAGCAGUUGAGACUUUUAAAGCUAAGGAAGCACCUCCAAGGAGAAGUAAAGUGCCUGGGGAGCUGGCUGGACUGGAGCCAAAGAGCCUUGUUCCAAUUUUGAAUGAAGCAGAGGGCUACCAUCAAAUCGGACCUGCUGAGUACUGUAAAGAUUACUUUGUGCUGUCAGUAACAAUAGCUUUUGCAACCCAGUUAGAGCAGUUAAUUUCCAGUACUUUGAGGCUCCCAGAGCCACAACCAGAAUUUUUUUUCUAUUACUCGUUAAUUGGAAAUGAUGUUACCAAUGAACCCUUCACAGACUUGAUCAAUCCAGAAUUUGAGCCAGAAAGAGCCUCUGUUAGAAUACGUAGCAGUAAAGAUGUGCUUUGCAUGUAUCUGUCCGUGCAACCAAAACUUCAGAUACAUCUUUGCUGUGGAGACCAGUCCCUUGGCAGUACAGAUAUAGCAUUAACAGGACUCCUCAAGAAAGCCAGCAUGGAAAUAGAGCACCACCCUGUGGUAGUAGAAGGCGCCUUCAUCCUUACGCCACCUAAUCGAGCAAAGCCAAAUCUGUCAUCUGUGCCUUCGGAAAUGUCUCCCACAAUUGGAGUAUCAAUUGCUCUUCAAAAAGAAAUCAGCCCACAGAUAACACAGUCUACUCAUCAUCCAAUGGAGCAACCCCAAAGUGUUGCGGCAGAGGAGGCACCAACAACACCACUAAAGAAAUCUGCCAGUCUUAGAGAAGGUGCAUGUAGCCCACCUCCACCCAAGCCUCUGAUGUUUAGCGAUUCUCCUCCAACAAAAGAUGAAGCAACAGAAAGUGAAGUUGAGAGCAUAAAGUCAGAUAAGGAUGUAGAACCCCCACUUUCAAAGCCACAAAUUAGAUCCAAGUCUCCACUUCUUUCAGAACCUUCCUUAUCCGGCAGUCAUUCCCCGGCACCCAAACAAGGAGUUUCUGUGGUUGCAAAGAAUGCUUCAGAGUCAUCCUCUGGGCAGAAAAUAAGCGUGCCUCCUGCAGCGCAUCAUUUUUGCUUUACCAUUGAUUUGAGGAGUAUCCAUAGUGUUGAUCUUGGGUUUCCUAUAAAUUGCAUGUUAAGGUACUCCUACCCAUUUUUUGGCAGUGCUGCUCCUAUCAUGACUAACCCACCAGUGGAAGUCCGGAAGAACAUGGAGGUUUUUCUCCCACAGUCUUAUUGUGCAUUUGACUUUGCAACUUUACCCCAUCAAAUUCAGGAUACGUUCACAAGACUUCCACUGUUAGUUGAGCUAUGGCACAAGGAUAAAAUGACAAAAGAUCUUCUGAUAGGAGUAGCAAGAAUUCAACUUUCAAAUGUGCUGACAUCUGAAAAGACGCGCUUCUUAGGACCACACGGGGAGCAAUGUUGGAGACAGACCUUCAGUGAACAAAUCAUUAUUACAGCAAUAGAAGGAUCCAAAAACAAAGUGGCUGAGCUAUCUUAUAUAAUAACACUGGAAGACUAUGGCCUUGUGAAAGUACGUGAAGUUGUUGUGUCCGAAUCUUCUCAGAGUACUGGACAACAGGGGUCCCUUCCAGCACAACCUCUGCAGAGCACAGAACCUCUUCCUGAACCCCGGGAGACUCUUGAAUACAAAGCAGCACUUGAGUUGGAGAUGUGGAAGGAAAUGCAAGAGGAUCUUUUUGUUAAUCAGUUAAAGAAAAAGGAAUUGGUCCAUAUGCAGGCUCUAGCCGAGGAGUGGAAAAGAAGAGACAAAGAAAGAGAAGCAUUAGUGAAGAAAAAGGUGGCUGAAUAUACGAUCCUGGAAGAACAAUUACAGAAAGCCUUAGCUGACCUAGAGAAGAGAGAGAGGCAACUCGCAAAUGAUGAAAUGGAGAUGAAGAAGCUAAAGGCACAACUGCAGUUAGAUUGUGAGCGCAGUAUUCAGGAGCGGCAAGAUUCCAUUAGAAGGGUGCGAGAAGACUGUAUGCACCAAAUAGAGCUGGAAAGGUCAAAGGCCAAGCAACUGGAGGAAGAUAAGCUCCGCCUACAACAGCAGGUCCAAGAAGCAGAACACAAGGUUAAAUUGCUGGAGAAGGAGUUUCUCCAAUACAAAGAUCAACAAAGCAGCAAACCAGAAAUCCGACUACAGUCUGAGAUCAAUCUUCUCACACUAGAAAAGGUCGAGCUGGAACGAAAGUUGGAGUCAACAACAAAGUCUAAAUUGCACUAUAAGCAGCAAUGGGGAAGAGCGUUAAAAGAACUGGCAAGACUGAAGCAGCGCGAGCAAGAGAAUGCCAUGGCACGGCUGAGAAAACAGCAGCAAGAGCUGGAACACAUGAGACUGCGUUACCUGGCGGCAGAAGAGAAAGACGUGGUUAAGACAGAGCGCCAAGAGCUGGAGGAAAUCCGAAAUGAAUUAAACAGAUUGAGACAGCAGGAAGACAGACAGCAGCCUCCUGAUACAAGUGCCAGUGCAAAAGAGAUCCCAGGAGCAAAACUUAAAGAUGAAGGUUUGGAUGAUUAUCUGUCUCGCCUGAUAGAAGAGCGAGACACCCUCUUACGGACUGGAGUGUAUACACACGAGGAUCGGAUCAUUAGCGAGCUGGACCGACAGAUCAGAGAGACAAUGGCAAAAAGAAGCAAUAGAUAAUGCAUCUGCUAAUGUUUUCAAUUUAGAAAUGUUUCCAAUUUAAAAUCUGUGUGAUCAGGAUUAGCGAUCAGAUCGAUUAAACCCAUUGAUUCAGUGGGCCAGUUUUCAUAUGUUCUAUUUAUUGCAGUUCCUUGAUGAUGUUAUUAAGACUUUCUAGCUGGCACGGCUUCUAUUUAGAGCAAUAAAAUGUUAUUUAAAUUUUUAUUAGUUUGGUUUUGUAAAAAUAAGAAAAUGUUCCUGUACAUUGUAUAUUUGCAGCACAGUUUGCUGUUGUAUAUUGAUUGUAUAUCCCUAAUUGAUAUGUGUCCUUUGGAUAAUGGCUGUUAAUAAACUAUAUGUACUUUU